AUGAACAAUAAUAAAAGUUUAUUAUUAACAUAUAUAUUUUCAUUAACUGGUGGUUUUUAUGGUUUACAUCAUCUUUAUUUAGGUCGUACUCAACAUGCUUUAUUAUGGAUAACAACAUUUGGUGGAUUUGGUAUUGGUUUUAUUUAUGAAUUAUUAUUUUUAAUAAAAACUUAUGUUUAUGAAGCAAAUAAUGAUUAUUUAAUACUUAAUGAAUAUAGAUUAAAAAUGAUAGAAAAAAAAUCACCUAGUUUUGAAAUUUCAAGAUUAUGUGGACAAUAUCUUACAGCUGUUUUUUAUGGUUUUAUUACUUAUUAUGCUUUUCCUGAGAUAUGGCAUGAAAAUUUUUGUUUAUCAUUAUUUAUUGGAUGUUGUAGUACUAUUGCUGUUGCACUUGGUACACAAAUAACGGGUACACUUGGGCCACGACAAUGUUCAUUUAUUUGGCCAUUAUUAGGUGCAAUAUGUGGUAUGCCUUUUUUAAUAUGGCGUAUUAAUUCAAAACCAUCAUUUAAUAUCGCAGCAUUGUUUUCUUGUUGGAUUUUUCAACGUAAAAUUCAAUGGAAUCGAGAAUAUUUUUCAAAUAUAUUAAUAACAAAAUCAUCUGAUCAUCAUCAAUUUUUAAUAUCAUCAAAAAAAAUAAAACGGAAACGAUAUGAUAUUAUUAAACGUUGUCUUAUAUUUGGAUUUGGUACAAUCAUUUUUAGUACAAUAUUUACAUCGGCUAUCUAUCAAAACUUACAAGCUGAUAUAAAAGGUCAACGUAUUAAAUUAAAAGAUGUUUUAAAUGAUUUUUUUAAAUCACAAGAAUUUAUAUUAAUACGUGAAAAAUUAUCAAUUAUUAUAAGACAAUUAUGGGCGUUUUAUUCGCAUUAUGGUUUUAAAGGCUUAUGGAUGAUAUUGGAUUUUGAAAAAAAUGAAAAACAAGCAUUUGAGAUACUUAAUCUCAGCAAUGUUGCUUCUCAAAGAGAAAUUGAAUCUCAAUGUCGAACAUUAUCACGUAAAUGGCAUCCAGAUAGAUAUCGAGAUCUUGAACAAAAACAAAAUGCUGAAAUUAUAUUUAUGAAUAUACAACAAGCAUGUAAUCAUUUAUCUAAUGAACGUAAACGACGUCAGUUAAUCAAUACACAAAAACAUACAGAUUCAAAUUGA